AUGGGGAGGGCUUCUUCCACAGACAGACUCGUUGCCAUUGCGUUGGGGCUCCUCGCGGUGCUGUCACCGCUGUAUGUCAACAGGAAAACGACGGUCAAGCCGGAUGAUGAAGACGACGGCAGCGGAGCUCUUCUGUCCCUGUGGCUCCCGCUGGCGCUCAUACUUCUGGUCGUCAUCAUCAACCUCGCAUGGUUCGUGGAGCGGAGGAUCGUGAGGCUCGACCCCUACUGGAUACACAGGUUCGGAGGGUCUUCCUGUGGGAUCAUGAUACUGCUCUUGGUUCUUGGAGUCUUGUUGAAAUGUAAGGCUUCUCUGGGAGGUUGA